AUGAAGGUUUCCGUUAUUGCUGCCGCCGCAGUAGGCCUAGUUGCCUCUGCCAAUGCCCACGCCAUCAUGCAAAGGGUUUCCGUCAACGGAGCCGAUAAAGGCCUCUUGACUGGUAUCCGUGCUCCAAGCAACAAUAACCCAGUCGGAGACGUCAGCUCCCAAGAUAUCAUCUGUGGUGCCAGUGGAUCUACCUCCAGCUCUAUCAUCGAUGUUGCUCCAGGUGACAGACUUGGUUUCCAAUGGCAACACGUCAUCGGUGGCCCACAGGGCUCCAAUGACCCAGAUAACCCGAUCGCUGCUUCCCACAAGGGACCCAUCCAGCUCUACCUCGCCAAGGUUGAUAACGCCGCAUCUGCCUCCAAGACCGGUCAAAAAUGGUUCAAGGUUGCCUCUGAGGGUCUCAGCGGUGGUAAGUGGGGCGUUGACACCAUGAUCCAAAAUAACGGUUGGUGGUACGCAAACCUCCCAACCUGCUUGGCUCCGGGUGACUACCUCGCCCGUGCUGAGCUCAUCGCCCUCCACAGCGCCUACAGCAGCCAGGGUGUCCAAUUCUACACCUCCUGCGCUCAAAUCAGAGUCAGUGGCUCUGGUGGCUGGACUGGUUCCGGCUUCCUCAGCUUCCCAGGAUCUUACUCCCAGAGCGACCCUGGUAUCCUCCUCAACAUCUACGGAACCGGUGGUAUCGCCGAUAACGGUGGCAAGACAUACGUCGCCCCAGGUGGUUCAGUUCAACAGCAGCAAUGUGGUGGGGGCGGUAACCCAACAACCACUGCCGCUCAAACCACCGCCCGCACUACCACUGCCGCCCAAACUACCGCCCGCACUACCACUGCCGCCCAAACUACCCGAACUACCACUCCUAGCAGCAAUGGAGGUACUGCCUCACUUUAUGGACAGUGCGGUGGUGUCGGCUGGACAGGUCCAACUGCUUGCGCAUCUGGAACUUGCAAGGUCCUUAACGAAUACUACUCUCAGUGCUUGUCGUAA